AUGGCUGCAGUUGUUGCCCCAUCUCAUCAAGAGGAAUUCCUAUUAGUGAAACUGGAAGAAGAUUCCUGCUUGGGUGAUGAUCCUAAUUUCUGGGGAUAUGACCCUGACUCAGAGGCCUCCCGCCAGCACUUCAGGCAGUUCCAGUAUGAAGAAUUCACCCAGCCUCAUGAAGUGCUCUUCCAACUCCGAGAGCUCUGCCAUUUGUGGCUGAAGCCCGAGAAACGGACAAAGGAGCAGAUUCUGGAACUCCUAGUCCUGGAACAGUUCCUGAGCAUCUUGCCAGAAAAGCUGCAAGCCUGGGUGUGGGACCAGCAUCCCAAGAACUCAGAGGAGGCAGUGACCCUGGUGGAGACUUGGCAGAAAGAGCCCAAGAUACCAGAUCAAUUGGGACAGGAAGUGCUUUCUGAGUUGCCAGCACCCUUGGGUACAGCACAAGAAUCACAGAGCUUCCAGUUAGAUUCAGCAGAGAUCAAGCCAGAGGGAGCAUCCCAGCAGAAGGGAAUACAGAGCCCCUACUUGGAACCACUGGAACAACUGAGCCCUAUGGAGGAGCCCAAGCCCCUGCAGAAGAGUGAAAAUCAGGGCAACUUGGCCUUGGAGAACAAAGAGCUCCAGAACAUGGCGACCAUCGAAUGCAUAGAGCAUGUAAUUUUUGGUCAAGGGCAUAAAGCCACUGAACCUGAAGAACUAUAG